AGUACGAUUUCGUUAGGCGACCUCUUCUAAUAGUUAGCGAUAUGUGAGUUUGACAACAAACCAAAAAAACAAAGAAAAUUAAAUACGAAAGAAAAACAAUUCGAUCACAUUGUGCAGUGAUGUUAAAAUAAAAAAAUAAAAUAAAGUUUUUGCAAUUAACAGAGCAUUAAAACUAAAGAAGCGCACGGUUAAAAAUAAAAAAUAAGUGUGCUAUUCCAAAUUUAUAUCAGAAAUAUUAAAAAUUUUGUUUAUGUUUAAUUAAUUGCAUAAUAAAAAUAGUUGUGUGAACAUUUAUUCUACUAAAUACUAAAAAUAAUACCAAUAAAAAUUAAGAUAAAAUUCAUAACAAACUAAAUUUCAAGAAAUAAAUCAUUUUUAAAAUAAAAAUAUAUACAAUAAUAAAUGUUUCUUCUGCACGUACGUUUUAAUGAGGAAAUAUUUAACAAAAAGAUUUUUUAAACGUCAACUUAAAUGUGUCAAGUUUAUUUUUAUAAAAUGAAACGUGAUUUGUCAACUUCGACCAUUGGUCGAGAUGAUGCCCGUAAGCCUUUAAUGAAGGCUUAUAUGUUCCAAAGACGUAUCUUGUUUUCGUGCAGUUGUUUAAUGGUCGUAUCUUUAAUAUUGUGGAUAAUAGCAAUUUCAACAGAUCAUUGGAUUAUUAUAAGUGGUGGGAAACAGGGAAUCUUUAUACCUGAAACAAGGCGUUUCUUUGUAUCCUCCCAUUCGGGACUCUGGAGAUUUUGUCGAAAUACUAUAACACCAACCGCUUUGCCGAAUGCUAAUGUUGUUCGUAAUAUUACUUCGAUAGCAUUUCAAAAUCCCAAUGUGAUAAGUGAAGCGAAAAAUAAUUGUUCCCACAUGGCUUUCAUCAAAGAGUUUAGAGAUGAAAUUGUCGAUACUCCGUUGGUUAAUUUUACGGAAGCAGCAAAGAGGCGCAUGUUUGCACAUUGGGUGUUAAAAGACGAAAUGGAAUUUCAGACAUUUAGAAAAGCCUUUCAGGAAUUGGUGCUGUCUACUCCAGAAGCUAAAAACGAUAUAGAUCCCAUAGAUGCCCAGCCAAUAGCUAUUGAUCCUUUGGAUGUGCGUCACAUAGAGGGAAAUAAAAUAUUUGGAAAGGCAUUGCAAAAAGUCGUCAUUAAUGCCACAACAUAUAACUUUGUUAUACCGGAAAUGGCUCAGGCCGCUAUAUUCGAAGGAUGGGCUGAAAAACGUUACGUGCCACGUUUAUUCUGGCCAUAUGCCAGAGAUUUAGGAGUACCCGCAUUUAUAUUGAAUGAUGAUAGAGUCAUUUUGCAAUUAAUGCCUCCAUUCCCGCCUAAAAAAGGAAAAAUCGCCAAUGGUUAUGAAUAUACCUAUUUAAGUCGUUGCAAAUAUAUUGAUAUGUUCCCGAAUGCCAAUGAACUGCGUCUGGAUCCUGGUUUCGAUUGGACUUUAAUGGACUACAUUCGCUCCCAAGCCUCCUUCGCUUGCAUAACUGUAUUUGUAAUGUGCCUGGGAUCGGUGUUUUCGUUCUACACUUUUAAAAAUCCACGUUACAUGUUCAAACGCUUAGCAGGUGGUAUUGAUUUAGUCGCAGCAUCCACCGUCCUCGUUGUCAUACAGGUUUUGUUUGCAUCCGUCGACUACACCAAAGAACAUUUGUUUUAUGCCUAUCCAAAUGGAGCAGAACUAACAUAUGGUGCCGGAGUUUAUUUGGCUUGGUUUACAUUUGCUGUUAAUCUCAGUUGUGGUCUAUUGUUUAUGUGGUACUCGGGCAAAAAGAAGGGUGCAAAAGCUCCAACCGACGAAAUUGCCAUGGCUGAUGAACCAACCAUCAUGGGUAGAUGAACGUAAACCCGUUUGUGAACUAGAAUUUUAUCCCGAAGAAAAAAAGCACAGUUCCUCCAUGGCUGUUUCAGCAUUUUAUGGUUUUUUCAUUUUAAGUUUCUGUUGUAAUUUUCCGUUGUUGAAUUGAAUAGGGAUAUAGGCUUUCCGCUUAUACUGCCUUUCUUUUUAAUGCAUAAUUUAUUAUUAUUUUAAGUCAAAAGGCGUUUUUAUACAAAUACAUAAAUAUAAAUAAUUACUACACAUGCGAUUACUGUACGAAUAUUGAAAUACUCUUUAAGACUUUGUUAUUAUAAAUUAUUAUAUUAAAUAAUACAAUAUUAUGUAAAUAUUAAUAAACGUAAUUUUCAAUAUUGUUUAUUAAAUAAAAGAAAUGUUGUGUUUAGUAAAAAAAUCUCU